AUGAUCAUUAACCUCAUAUCUGACUGCAACACAACCUCAAGCGGGCAGAGGCUGCGUCGCGAAACUCCAUUAGCAUCCCCCAUCCCGACCGCUUCUUUGGCGCGAUAUGAGGAGGGUGAAGGUCGCAAAGUGGCUUCGGACGCAAAGAAAAUAUCAUCAUACGUUCAACAGUUCAGCAGCAAUCGGGGAAAGUUCGGCAGCAGACGUAAUGGUCGACCACUCCUCUUUCAAUAUCUGCAGCAAGGUCAUUGUGAUAUCGACUCGAUCGUAUUCGUUGUGAAAAAUGUUGACGAAAAUUAUGUCGCUGGCUAUAACCACGUGAGCGUCAAGGGAAUUGUGAAAGCCCAGAGAGCGCGAAGGAUCAACGUCGCUACUGUAUCCCUCUUGCCUCUCCGAUUCAGUUUAGCUGAUAUAGCCUUCAGCUUCAAUGUCAUGCAUGAAGUUUUGGGAAUAGUCCGCGAGCCAAAUCUGGCAUAUUUGGAUUGCGCAGUGUUGAUCUGCCUC